AAAUGCUUGUUUUCUUUUCAGUAUGUCCAAGCUGAUGCCCCGACCAACAAAACGCUGGCUGGACUGGUGGUGCAGUUGCUGCAGUUUCAGGAAGAUGCCUUUGGGAAACACGUCGCCAAUCCUGCCUUCACGAAAUUCCCUGCAAAGUGCUUCAUGGAUUUCAAAGCUGGAGGAACGCUGUGCCACAUUCUUGGAGCUGCUUAUAAGUAUAAAAGUGACCAAGGCUGGCGCCGGUUUGACUUGCAGAACCCUUCCCGGAUGGAUCGAAACGUGGAAAUGUUCAUGAACAUUGAAAAAGCAUUAGUGCAGAAUAACUGUCUGAGCCGACCAACCAUCUACCUCAUUCCAGACAUUGAGCUGAAGUUGGCCAAUAAGCUAAAGGACAUUGUGAAGCGCCACCAGGGCACCGUCACAGAUGACAAAUCUAAGGCCACCCAUCAUAUUUAUCCUGCUCCUACCUCACUGGAUGAAGAAGAAUGGUUAAGGCCUGUGAUGAAAAAGGAUAAACAGGUUCUUGUGCAUUGGGGCUAUUUCCCAGACAGCUAUGAUACUUGGAUCCAUGCUACUGAUAUCGAAGCAGAAAUUGAGGAACCUCCCAUUCCAGAGAAACCAUGGAAGGUCCACGCCAAAUGGAUCCUGGACACAGACGUGUUCAACGAGUGGAUGAAUGAGGAGGAUUACGAGGUGGAUGAGAACAAGAAGUUGGUCACCUUUCGCCAGCGGAUCUAUAUAAACAUGAAGAGCGAAGAACCAGUCCGUAGCCCAGAACGGCGGGACAGGAAGGCCGCGGCGAGCGCCAGGAAAAGGAAGCACUCCCCAUCGCCCCCGCCCCCUCCCACCCCGGUGGAGCUGCGGAAGAAGGCUGGGAAGAAGGGACAAGCGAGUCUCUAUGGGAAAAGGCGAGGGCAAAAGGAAGACGAUGAGCAAGAAGAUCUUACCAAGGACAUGGAGGAUCCAACCCCAGUGCCUAACAUAGAAGAAGUGGUACUGCCUAAAAAUGUAAACCCAAAGAAAGACAGCGAAAACACUCCGGUCAAAGGAGGAACAGUAGCAGACCUAGAUGAGCAGGAUGAGGAGACAGUGGCAACAGGAGGAAAGGAGGAUGAGGACCCCAACAAAGGCGACCAGAACCGCCCGGUGGACACGGGGGAGGACAACGUCACCGAACAGACCAAUCACAUCAUUAUCCCCAGCUACGCCUCCUGGUUUGACUAUAACUGUAUUCAUGUAAUUGAACGCCGUGCGCUUCCAGAAUUCUUCAACGGGAAGAACAAGUCGAAGACUCCGGAGAUAUACCUCGCUUACCGCAACUUCAUGAUCGACACCUAUCGCCUAAACCCGCAGGAGUACUUGACUAGCACCGCCUGCCGCCGGAACCUGACGGGCGACGUUUGCGCCGUCAUGAGGGUACACGCCUUUUUGGAGCAGUGGGGGCUGAUCAAUUACCAGGUGGAUCCAGAAAGCCGCCCCAUGGCCAUGGGCCCUCCUCCCACCCCCCACUUCAACGUGCUCGCCGACACGCCGUCCGGACUCAUGCCUCUUCACCUACGCACACCUCAGAUUCCGGCUGCUCAGCAAAUGUUGAAUUUUCCAGAGAAAAACAAGGAGAAGCCUAUUGACUUACAGAACUUUGGGCUGCGCACGGACAUUUAUUCAAAGAAAACGCUCGCAAAGAGCAAAAGUGCCAGCGCCGGGCGAGAAUGGACAGAGCAAGAGACUUUGCUGCUCCUGGAGGCUCUAGAAAUGUACAAAGAUGACUGGAACAAAGUUUCUGAGCAUGUGGGAAGCCGCACCCAGGAUGAGUGCAUCCUUCACUUCCUGCGGCUUCCCAUCGAAGACCCCUACCUGGAGAACUCGGAUGCCUCGCUGGGCCCUUUGGCUUACCAGCCAGUGCCUUUCAGCCAGUCUGGAAACCCCGUGAUGAGCACAGUGGCUUUUCUGGCAUCUGUUGUGGAUCCGCGGGUGGCAUCUGCUGCCGCCAAAGCAGCUUUAGAGGAGUUUUCUCGGGUCCGAGAGGAGGUCCCGCUGGAACUGGUGGAGGCCCACGUCAAGAAAGUGCAGGAGGCAGCAAGAGUCUCUGGGAAGGUGGACCCCACGUAUGGGCUGGAGAGCAGCUGCAUUGCCGGAACAGCUCCAGACGAGCCGGAGAAGCUUGAUGGCGCUGAAGAAGAAAAAAUGGAGACAGAAGCAGAUGGACCACAGGCAGAAAAGGUUAAGAUAGAGAACAAAGCAGAGAAUGAAAUAGGAGAUGGAAACAAGGAAGGAGAAGAGGAGAGGAAUGCAGAAAAGGAGCAAGAUGGCGAAGUCCCUCUGGAUUCCAAAUCAGAUGAGAAGGAGGCCGAAGAGAACAAGGAGAACCUUGAUGUUUACAAAGACAAGGAAGGCGACGCUGGGAAAAAGAGAGCGGAGCACGAAAUCUCUGAAGGAAACGUUGCGACGGCCGCAGCUGCUGCUCUUGCCUCGGCUGCCACCAAAGCCAAGCAUUUAGCAGCCGUUGAGGAAAGGAAGAUAAAGUCCCUGGUGGCCCUUCUGGUGGAAACACAGAUGAAGAAGCUGGAGAUCAAACUCCGUCAUUUUGAGGAGCUGGAAACAAUCAUGGACCGAGAGAAAGAGGCGCUGGAGCAGCAGAGGCAGCAGCUGCUGACGGAGCGCCAGAACUUCCACAUGGAGCAGCUGAAGUACGCGGAGCUGCGCGCCCGCCAGCAGCUGGAGCAGCAGCAGCAGCACGUGCCAAGCGCCCCGCAGCCCCACCAGCACUCCGGCGGCCCCGGCAUGAACCCCCUCGGGGCGGGCGGCCACCCGGGCUUGAUGUCCCACCAGCAGCCCCCUCCCUACUCCAUGAUGCACCACCAGAUGCCCCCUCCUCACCCUGCACAGCCAGGUCCGAUCCUUGGGCCAGGCUCCGUGAUGCCCGGGCAGUCUGUGCCGGGCCGAGCGAUGCCGGCUGCGGCCCCCGGAGGAGCCGGCGGCACACCCUCGUCGAGCGCAGCGCACAUGGCCGGAAACAUUGUGGGGGCCCGGGGGCCCCUGACUUCUCCGAACGGGCUGUAUCCUGCUCCAGCCCAGCAGCCGGCGCCCCCAGGGGACGGGGCGACCCCGCCUCCAGCCGGAGCACCAGCAGCCCCCACGGCGCCCUGACCGGCCCAGCAGCGAGGAGCUCCUCAAGCUGCGACGCCAUGACCCAAAGCCACAUUCCUCCCCCUCCCCCUCCCCACUCCCUCCGCCGGCACUUUCCCCCGGGUGCGCACGCAGGCACGGCGCCCGCCAGUCUGCGGCCAGGCCGCCCUCCCGGGCAGCGGCUCCCCCCGGCCGGAGCCUCCCCUGGAACCGGCACGGCCUCCUCUUGGUGCUCUGCACGCUCGGCCCCGGCCCUUCCUGCUUCCCCGUGUGGCCGACGUGGCGGAGCUGGGGAGCCGCUGGGGCUGUCCGGGACCCUUCAGCGGGGGGGCGCCUUGCCCGGAUGCCGCAUCGGGGCAGCGAGGGCGCUCUGCCAGCCCCUCGCCCAGGCGUCCCGGUGCAGGCUGGCCGGAGGUGCUGCGGGCGGGCAGGCGGUUGCUCAGGAGGCUGCGCAGCCUUGCGGUUACCAAGCCGAACGAGCGAUCUUCCCUGGCAAGAGCUGGGAGCCGCCUCACCGGUGGGCUUCGGCCUGCCGCGCAGCGUGAGCGGGCAUCUCCUGCUGCCAGCCUUUGGGUGGGGAGGGCGGGCCAUGCGCUGCGUGUCCGCCUUCCCCGUCCCCGUCGUCUUUCCCGGUGGAGCAUCCUAACAGCCACAGGGGAACCGAGCCCCACGCCCCGUCCUUGGGGGAUGGGUCCUGGCGCCCCUUUCACGGAGGGCAGCAGUGCCGAGUCCUGGCUUGUGGGCGCUCAUGGGGCUGUCAGAACUACCUCGUGCGAGCGCUGCGCAGGGGAGCAAACCUGGCCGCCGGCUUGCUGCCUCUCCGGAUCGCCCCGAUUGGGCGUUCAGAAGCGGCGCUUGCGCCUGCCUGCCUGCCUCCAGCGCGCACAGCCGCCCCGCCAGCCCGGCACGCCCGUGCCCACGGGGCUCUGGUGAGGAGGGUGCCCUGGGGCGCGGAACAGGCCGUGCGGGUGCACAGGAGCCAUCCCCUCCCGGCGUCCGGGACGGCCACCCCGAGCCGCCAGCCCGCCUCCCCCCGUUCCAGCAGCAGAGGCCUUCUCGGUACGCAUGGGCCUGGCGUCGGUGGCCGGCCGCGCGGCCAUUUCCAGCAGCGGCUCGCCGGGGCGGGGGCGUCCAAAUUCAGCACUGUACCCCUAUGCAAAAGAGGGUUGUUGGCAGCAGCCGAUGCCGCCGCCUCUUUGCGCCGCCGCUGCGCUGGAGGCGUGCGGCCCCCUCGGAUCAGGUGCUUGGGCCAUGAGGGGGGGAGCGCUGUCCUGUCCUGGCCCACCAGCUUCCUGCGCACGCGCAGCUCUCUUGCCAAGCACAUCGGGCCCGGUAAGCGACACCCCCUCGGUCUCGGGGGCGGUGAGGGAAGCCCCAGCCAGACCUUGCGAUCGAGCGAGCGCCUGCCUCCCAUACCUGCGCACUUGGAAGGGGGACUCGCCCGCCUCCCACCUCCCCUCUCCCCCCCCCCCCCCCAUUGUCUUUGGAGCAGCAUGGAAUUUGGAUUCCAGACGUGGUCCUCUUUAGACGGAUUUCCUCAGGUUGUUUUUAGCAAGAUCCGCUUCAAAUGUAAAAGUUCUGACUAGAGAACUUGCCUUUUUUAUUCUGCUGUUAACUGUGACCUGCAGUAUAUGAAUUGUUAAGACAAUUGGGUUUCUGUACACCUAGAAAGCAAGAGGUGAGACGGUUGUGUGUUUUCUGCAAAUCUUGUCCUGUGUGGGGUGGGGGGACCUGGCUCCUGCGGUGCAGCCACUCAGUUUUGUGAAAUAAACAUGCGGGUGCUUUUUUUUUUUUAAACAA